GGAGAGAAGGUGAUCAAUCUCCAUCCGUCUCCAUUAGAAAUCACCUUAACACUCUGACAGACAACGACAAGCCCCCUGAAAGCAAAUGAGUUUGAUUUAUUUGGCUGCAAAAACACCCGGAACCGCACCGAGGACGCGGUGACGCCCGCGUGCUGAUAGCUGCGUUGUUUUCUCCGUGAUGUGGCUCGGUUUGCACACUGUUGUUUGUUUUUGAGCAAGUCUUGCUGCUUGAGGUUUUAUGCCCUGCAGACUUCCUACUGCUGGAUACUUUUACUGCUGCUCGCCUCCUGCGGCCCGAGAGCUCGGGAGAAGGGAAGAGGAAUAAAACAAGUGACUUGGAUCGGCCCCCUGUCCCGUCAAGCUGCAGCAUCGGGGGAAACCGAACCACUGGCCUGAGCUGGGUGGAGCAGUGACCGCCUGUAGCAUGAUGUCCUACCUCAAACAGCCCCCCUACGGCGUCAACGGCCUGGGGCUCAGCGGCGCUGCCAUGGACCUGCUGCACCCCUCAGUGGGCUACCCAUCGACUCCCAGGAAGCAGCGACGCGAGCGGACAACCUUCACCCGCUCUCAGCUCGACGUCCUGGAGUCUCUGUUCGCCAAAACCCGGUACCCGGAUAUUUUCAUGCGGGAGGAGGUCGCACUGAAAAUCAACCUGCCGGAGUCCAGAGUCCAGGUGUGGUUCAAGAACCGGAGGGCCAAGUGUCGCCAGCAGCAGCAGAGCGGCAGCAGUGCUAAAGCCAGGCCGCCCAAGAAGAAGUCUUCUCCGGCCCGGGAGAGCACCGGCUCCGAGAGCAGCGGCCAGUUCACGCCUCCUGCCGUCUCCAGCACCGGCUCGUCCUCGUCUUCAUCCUCCUCCACCAAUCACACGGGCCCGGCGGCACUCAGCAGCACCUCUACCUCCAUCAGCACCGUCUCCUCCAUCUGGAGCCCCGCUAUCUCCCCUGGAAACGCUCCUGCUCCUGCAGUGGCCCCGCUCCCUGAGCCCGGACCACCUUCUAACGCCUCCUGUAUGCAGCGUUCAAUGUCAGGCUCCGCUGCCGCCGCAACCUCCUACCCCAUGUCCUACAACCAGACGCCGGGCUACGGCCAGGGCUACCCCACCCCGUCCAGCUCUUACUUCAGCGGCGUGGACUGCGGCUCCUACCUGGCCCCGAUGCACUCCCACCACCACCCCCACCAGCUCAGCCCCAUGACGGCCUCCUCCAUGUCGGGCCACCCGCAUCACCACAUCAGCCAGUCGUCAGGCCACCACCACCAUCACCACCACCACCAGGCCUACGGCGGCUCCAGCCUGGCCUUCAACUCCUCCGACUGCCUGGAUUACAAAGAGCAGACUGCAGCCUCCUCGUGGAAGCUCAACUUUAACACCACAGACUGCUUGGACUACAAAGACCAGGCCUCCUGGAGGUUCCAAGUCUUGUGAUCAGGCUUCCCCCCCCCCACACACACACCCUCUUCUUCCCUCCCUGCUCGUCGGCUCCCUCUUCUUUUAUUUUCCAGAUUAGCAUAUUGCUUGUUUUUAAAGACAAAAAGAGUUUAUGAACCAUAAGAUUACAAGAUAGCAGCAGGAAUGCUUUGCAAUCGGACUUUGUGUUUCCUCCCUCUCACCCUCCCAUGUCUUUUUAAAAAAAAAAGAAGAAAAAAAAAGAAGAGAAACAGUCCAAGUCCUGUGACGAGAAAUCAUCAGGAGCAGUUUCCUGUCAAUGACGAAUGGGUUUUUAAGACGUUAAUUCUUGGAUGACCUUAAGAAAACCAAACUGUUUUUCAAAACAAAAAAAAAAAAAAAGUAAUUUCAACCAAACUCCUUUGACCACCAGCUCUCUGGAUGGGAGGAAUAUUUUCCCCUCGGGUGCACCGACAGGAACUGCCUGCAGUGCCCUUUUUACCUCCAAACCCAAUCAAAUCCUGUAGUUUUUAUUUCUGAAAUUUGUUAUUUUAGGAUGACAGAGAUUUUUAGUCAGCUGCGUCGAGAAGCUGAAAUAUGUAAAUAUGUAUUUGGGUCAGUUACAGUGACCAUGUUUAGUUGUUGUUUUUUUCCGAAUUUGAAAUUGUUUAUUACCACUUUGGGAGAAAAAAAAAAGAAAAAAAACCUGUAUGUAAAUCUUUCCAAAUAUUCCAAAGAGAACAAAUUGGCCAUAAAGUUCAGCUUUUAUAUAUGUUGUUUUACUCAGAAAAAUGUUUUGGCAAUUUGAAAUGUAUUGGGGUGGGAAAAACUCUUAAGUCUAAAAUAUAGAUGCAGAACUAUUCUGGGCCUUUGUCCAGGCUACAGUUUGUUUUCCAGAUGUUAUUAUUCUAGCCGCUAUACAUUUUCAAACCAGACCUCCUCUCUUGGGCAUUGUCGUGAUAUUGGACAUGUUUGAACCGCAGCACUUGGCUUGAUAUUGGAGUCAGAGCAUUUUUAUUUUUGGAGAGGAAAUGUUGAUUUAUUGCUCCAAAAUGACAGUAAGAUGUUGAAUGUAUCUUUAAGGCAAACCACCCUUACAUACAUGUUCAUCCAAUAAAGAUCCGUUAAGUCAUA